UAAUUAAAAUUGUAAAUGUAGUUGCUAACAAUAAAAAAAAAUAUAUGAUGAGUUUUUCUAAAUCGAUAAUCAUAUUCACGGAUAAAAAUAUAGGCUCUAUAUAAUAAUACAUAAACUAAAAUUAUCUUAUAUAAGUUUUAUUUAAUAUGUCUAAUAAGUUAGUUAAAUAAGCCAGUGAGAUUGUCCACAUAAAAUUUAAAACCACCAGUAAAAUAAUGACAAAUCAUUACAAAAUUUUACUAUUUUCUAACAUGUCAAAAUUUCCAAAAAUAGUUACAUCAAAAAAAUAGAAUUCCAUAAAAAUUAAAGUAAUCUAAAAACUCAUUAAAAGACUAAACUUAAUAUAUGUACUAAAUUUAAAAUUUAACUUACAAACAAUAUUUUUUAAGAGAAUAAAAACUUUACAAAUCAAAGAUAUGAAAAUUUAAACACUUAUAUUUUAAAAUUUGAAGCUACAUAGCACAUAAUAUUAAAUAUCUACACAAAGAAUUCAAAAAUAUCAAGGUUUCCAAAACAAUAUUUUGAAAAAAAAGUUAAUAUCAGAUAUUGUAAAGAAACAUAGGAAAACUUAUCUUACAAGAUCUUUUUAAAUAUAAGAUCAUUAAAAUAAGGGAAAUUUUCUCAAAUAGCUCUUUUUAAUUUUAUGUCACAAAAAUAGCCCUCAAAACAGAAAAUGACCAAAACAACUCUUUUUUUAUUAUGAAAAUUUUAAUGUUUUUUUUUUACUUUUUAAAAUUUGAAACCGUAUCCCCAAAACUCCACCCCUUAACUCUAAAUCCUAUGUAUAGAUUAGUUAACUUUAGGGUAAAAAUUAAUUUUUACUCUUAAAUAAAACUUAUUUUAGUCAUUUUUUCAUUGAAGGCUAUUUUUUGUGACAAAAACUUAAAAAGGGUUAUCCUAGGGAAUUUCUCUUAAAAUAAAGCAAACCAAAUGAUAACUUCUUAUAAAUCUAUAACCCGAUUCACGGAUAAAAACUAUGGACUUCAUACAAUACAUAAAACUAAAAUAAUCUCAUAAGAGUUUUGUUGAAUAAAUAUAUUUAGAGAAUAAUGUUUAUAAUAAAUAAUUUUAAAUUAUAAUGUCUGAAGAUGCACAUCAAUAAAUUAGAUCAAUUUUAUACAUAAUUUAUAUAGAAUACCAACAACAGAUUAGAGUAUGAAUGAUAAUUUUAAAACAAUAGGAAGAAUGGUCAAUAUGUAUUUAUAAGUAUGAUAUUAUAAUAUAUAGAGAUGCUAAUCAAUUUAUCAAAUAAAAAUAUAGGUAAAAUGUAUAAUUAUUAUAUGUAACUAUUAUCAUACAUAUUAUCAUACACAAUAUGAAUUCAACAGUGUAGUGACAAUUUUUAAAUCAUACAUUUUAUCUAGAUUAAUCAUGCAUCAUGAUAGGUAAUUUUAAUGUAUGAUUACAAUGUAUGAUAAAAAUAAUAAAAUGUAGAAUAAAAACAACAACACUUGCAGUAUAUUAAGCGAGCUACAUGAUAGGAAAAAUGUAUGAUAAAAUACUUACGAUAGUGUAUUACCAGUUUCUAUGCAUCCAGAAAUUUACAUAAUAUUAAAAAGAUAAAAAUUAUAAAUUAUAAACAAUAUAUAUACAUUUAUAAAUAUAAUUUAUACAUUUAUCAAUUCAAAAGAUAAAUAUCUAAGAAGUAUUUAUUUUACAGGUAUAAUUUGAUAAAUAAACAUAAAUUGAAAAAACAGAAAAUCACAUUAUAAAUACAUUUUCACAAAAAAUAUUUAUAUAAAUUUCUAUUUAAAAACUUAUAAUUAUUAUAAAACAUAAAGUAAAUUAUUAACACAGAUUCGCGCUACGCGCGAGUACAAAAUCUAGUGCAUAAAGGUUGGGUUGAAAGAGAGAGGAUUCGAGAUUAGAUAUUAGGGAAAAUUGGAAAAAUGGGACACUUUGAACUUUUAUUUGUCACAAUAGGAUUUCUGAUAUUUUGGACAAUUCUGGACAUAUUUUACCCUUUUUUAAUAGAAAAAAUAGUAAACUGAAUUUUAAAAAUGUUAAAAAAUAUCAAAACUAUUGGAAACAUAAGUAUGACAAUAUAUAUGUUUAAAUUGUUUUUUUUUUUAAAAUGAAUCAUAUUUUAUUUCAUCUUCUAGCUACAGUUAUAAUACUCAUUCUGGUCAUCUACUUAGUCUAGAAUUCGGCUACUAAUGUUUAUACAUAGAUAUAUCUUUGGUAUACAACGUAACCUAUCUUUUCUUAUAUAUUCUAACCAAAGCUAGGUUACGUUACGUUAUAAUCAAGAAAGAUGUCUUUCUUAUACCUUUAGCUUGGUUACGACAUGUAGCCACAAUGCGUUGAUAUACCCUAUCUAUAUUUGGAGCCAUGAUGUGGUCUGCCUUUUACCUUAUGUGGCGCCUAGGGAAGAAUAUGUUUCACAUCUACUCUACUGUGUUCUGACUUACAUAGGUUAUACAUUCUACAGGAAAUCCGAAAAAUAUGGAAACUUCCAUAAUCGGUUAAAGAUGUUUCCUAAAUCUAAACUAAAUCUUCCCUAAAUAUCUCCAAGAAUAUUUUCUCCCACGUUUUUCUCCUUCUCCCACGAUCUUUUGUCGUCGUUCUUUGUGUUUCUCUCUUCUUCAUCGACAUAAUCAUCUCUCUUUUCUCUAUCAAUACAACAUGGUUCUAAUCUAUGUCAAAUCGGGUGAAUGGAUGUGUAGUCGCGGUGAUGACUGGAGUUUCGUGGUAGACAAAGAAAGGCGUGGUCGAAUGGUAACAUUAGCAACUACUACUACGUUGAAGCAGCUCAAGAUAAUGGUGUGUGAGGAUUAUGGGGUGGACCAUAAUGCCAUUAAUGCCGAGUUCAGUUAUUCGUUGUUGAAUCAAAAAGGGAAUCCUCCUAUUAUUAUCACCAAUGAUCGGCAAGCAUCUAAUUUUGUGGGCUAUGCAAAGAGGGAAUCGUCUACUACCUUGUGUGUGAUGUUCUCUGUUUCCGGUGUAAAUCAAAAGGAACGAGUCAAUAUCGAUUUGAAUAAGGAGCCUUGCGAUUCAAGUAAUGUUGAGGAUGAAGAAGUUCCUGAGAUAAAUCGAGCAGAGUUUGUCAAGCCGUCAAAGGAGUCUUUUGUUAAAAGAACGAAUCAUGUCGCUGCAGAUGGUUGCGGUCCUUUAAGGAGUGAAAACAUUGAACUUUUUCAAAACAAUGGAGACAGUGAUAAGGAUGGUCGAGCUUGGAGAGGAGACUUCGUGAAGAAGGAUCAAAUUUUCACAAGUAAAGGGGUUCUGAAGGCAACAAUGGAAAUUUUAGCGAUGAAGAAUAAUUUCGAUUACACUGUUAUCAAAUCCACGAGAAAAUGGUGGUAUAUUCGAUGUAAAGAUGCAUUGUGCAACUGGACUGUGCGUGCAGAAGGAAUAGAUGGGUCUACAUAUUUCAUGAUCAACCAAUGUGAUGGAAGACAUUCAUGUGCUCCUUCAAAGAAAAGGAAAUUCGGAAAAACAGCAUCAGCAAGAACAAUUGGGACUCUGAUACAACAUCGAUUUGAUGAUGCAAACGAUGGCCCAAAACCGAAUGACAUCAUUCAAUUUAUGAGAAUGGAGCAUAGUUGUGAGAUUACUUAUUGGCACGCUUGGGAAGCUCGUGAGUUUGCUAUUGCAGCUGCUAGAGGUAUACCAGAUCGCAGUUACUCUAAAAUACCAGCAUAUCUGCAUAUGAUUAAAGAAGCAAAUCCUGGUACGCAUACUCACUAUGAAACUAAUGAGAAGGGAAGAUUCAUGUAUCUAUUUAUGUCAUUUGGGCAAUCAGUUAGAGGAUUCUACAAUGCAAUGCGAAGGGUGAUUGUUGUUGACGGAACUUUUCUGAAAAAUAAAUACAAAGGGACACUUCUUGUUGCUACUGCUGUAGAUGGUAACUCUAAUUUGUAUCCGAUUGCAUUUGGGGUUGUUGAUUCAGAGAAUGACGAUUCUUGGGGGUGGUUCUUCAGACAGUUGAAAGUGGUUAUUGCUGAUUGUCAAGACCUAGCUUUUGUCUCAGAUAGAAAUGCGUCUAUUUCUAAAGCUAUUGGGACUGUCUACCCUCGAUCAGCACAUGGAAUUUGCAUUCAUCACUUAUUGACCAAUGUGGUCUCAUUUUUCAAGACAAAAGGAUUGACUGCGUUGGUAGAAAAGGCUUCACGGGCAUAUAGAUACACUGAAUUUCAAGAACGUAUCACCGAAAUUUUUGAUAUGAGUCCUGAGCUUGGAAGAUAUCUACGGGAGGCUGAUGUGCGCAAAUGGGCUCGUUCUCUCUUCCCUGGUUCCAGGUAUGACAUUAGGACCACGAACCCUGCAGAGUCUAUAAAUUCAGUUCUUAGAAUACCUAGAGAAUAUCCGGUUAUUCCUUUGCUUGAUAGUAUAAGAGAACUGUUGACUCGAUGGUUCUAUGAGCGUCGCUUGUUAAGCUCAAAGCAUCUAGAUCCUUUAACCGCUAAGGUGGAGAGAAAGAUUGAUAGGAGAAUUGUGAAGGCAAAAGGAUUCCAGGUUUACAAGGUUGACAACUUCAGAUCGGUUGUAAAAGGAGACAUAUAUGAUUGUCAUGUUGAUUUGGAAAGAAGAACAUGCACAUGUGGUAAGUAUGAUAUAGGAAAAAUUCCUUGCCGACACGCCAUUCCUGCAAUUUAUUCACGAGGUAUGGAAGUGCACAGAUUCACUGACGCCUUAUACAGCACUGCAGCGUGGAGAACCGCCUAUGCAGAUUCCAUUAAUCCAAUAGCAGUUGUAGAGUCAGAAUGGAAUGUCCCUGCUGAGGUUAAACUUGCAAAGGUUUUACCACCAAAGACAAGAAAGAGUGCUGGUCGACCAGUAAAGAGAAGGUAUGAAUCAGUAGAAGACAAGAUCGCAUCUUCUCAAGGAUCAAAGAAGAAUAAAAAGCAUAAGUGUAGCCGUUGUGGAACUGAAGGACACAAGAGAGGAACAUGCGAUUUACCCAUCUAGUUUGUUAUGUGUCUGCAUCUGUCUCUGUUUUUUUCUUUAUUGCUUUUGAAACAAUUUGAUCUUCUGUUUAAGAACCUAUUUGACAAUUUGGUAUUUGCUAAACUAUAGAGACAAAUCGAUUUAUUCUA